UUGCAUAUUGGACUAUAAAUGGUUAAAUUCCCCAUUUCCACAUUCUACUUGGGAUCACUUUUGUGACCACUUUGAUUUGAGCUCAGCAUCUUUAUACAAAAUGUCUGGCACGGCAGCUGGUUAUGAUUUAUCGGUUUCUACCUUUUCUCCGGAUGGUCACGUGUUCCAGGUUGAAUACGCUACAAAGGCUGUAGACACUGCACCUACAGUCGUUGGCGCUGUUUGUAGCGACGGAAUAGUAUUUUUAGCGGAUUCAAUUUUAUGCGGUUACAAACAUGGCGAAGACGCAAAGAGCAACGUAUUACAGGCGCGGCCUACGAUUCGUUUGUACGCUAUUGACGAGGGUGUCGGAUGCGCUGUAACAGGUAUGAUUCCUGAUGCACAAUGCAUCGUGCGUCACGCUAAAUCGGAGUGCAAAUCUUUUUUUGCUGAGUAUGGCGUAAAGAUUCCCGUUUCUCUAUUGGCUGAGAGAGUUGCUUUAUUCGUCCACGCUUACACAUUAUAUUGGCACGUUCGUCCUUUUGGUGCGUCUAUGAUCCUUUCGGGUAUAGACAGCAAUGGAGAGAAAUCACUCUAUUGCAUUGAGCCCAGCGGUGCGUGUUACAAGUAUGCUGGUAUGGCUAUCGGAAAGUGCAAGCAUCUGGUUAAGACAGAGAUGGAGAAGUUCAUUUUAUCGGGUAUGUCCUGUCGGGACGCUUUGAAGGAGUUAUCGUUGGCCAUCAUGAUAGGUCGUGAUGAAGAUUCCGGUAAGACUAACGAUUUGCAAAUGGCGUGGAUUUGUGAUGAGAGCGGUGGUGAAUUCCAGAUGAUACCUGAAGAUAUAGCUGCUGAAACUAAGGCCGAUGCUUCUAGGCGCCACGCUGCCAUCCAUGGCCAAUGAGCGCGUGUGUUACUCCUUAACUACUGAUCGCAUUGGUACCCGUUAUUGUAAUAGAAAAGUGUGUAUAUCGUUUCCUCUAGAGUCCACUAACACACCGAUUACAAACCUCUUUAAUGUAGAUAGCAUAAGGGA